AUGGCUGCUGAAACUUCCUUUGAGCUGCCCCUUUCAUCCGAUACUCUGUUCCUUCUAUCUCGAGGCGACAGACUCGAUGGUACGGUCAAAGUCGAGACGUCAAGGUAUCAAGCAAGUGGGUUUGCCUCAGUGCAUGUUCUCAUGCGCUACUGGUUUCCUACUGCAGUUGAGCGCACCAAGGCGUGCUUGGUGAGCAGAGGCAUCAAUGAGGAUGGCGUCGGCUUAUUUGCUCCAGUAUACAGAAUUCCUGGCCGCCCGGGAUGGGACUAUCAGCUCUCCUUUGAAAUAACAGUGACGCUCCCUGAAAACGCUGCUUUGAACCCUCUCGUCAUCAAAAACUUUGAAACGGAUGUCCCCAAUGGCAGGCAUGAUAUUGCCGAUAUUGGAUCCAGAGUCCUGUUUGAAACCAUCUCCCUGAAGGGGACCAAUGCGGGCUUCGAAUCAAAGAAUUUGACGAGCGUGCAGUCUUUAACCGCCCAACAUGGAUACAUUUAUACCACCAACGGGAGGAUCUCAGGGAAGUUCAGCACAAACGAUACUCUACGGCUGGUGACAAGCGACGGCAGGAUCACUGCGAAUGUCGAUCUACAAAGUGAUUCGGCCACCGCACGCCCCAAACUAGAGGCCAUCACUAAAGACGGCCGUAUUGAAACCGACAUCAACCUAAUCUCGAGAGUGAAUGGCGGGCGCGGUGGCUCUUUCGAUGUAGUCACAACCACCAAGGACGCCCAGCUCGACGUGAAAUUUCCCAAAUCCCCGGUAGACUCCACACUCAACUUCAUCGCAUCCACGAAGGACGCGCGCGCUAGCGUCACCCUGAAUCCAGCAUAUGAGGGAACAUUCGACCUACACACCUCCUCGCAUUCCAAAGUUAAUAUAGAUCUAUUCCAAGGCGUAGAUCCUGCUGGGAAGAACAGAGACAGACAUAUCGCGUUCACUCACCAAAAUAAUAAUGAGUUUGUGGGCCGUGUCAGUUGGGACCCACGAAACAGCUACAGGGGGUCAGUGGUGGUGAGGACCAACGCCGCUCUCUACGCUCGCAUUUAG